AUGGCCUCUGCCACAGGAGUCCCUCAGGAACACCCUCAGACCAUUGAGGCCAGAGAAGAUGAGCCAUUAUUGGGUGGACCAGGUGCAGUAACGCAAACAGAUAGCGACCCUAUUUACCGCAAUUUAAUCAAAGGAACUGCCGCUGUCGCUCAGUGCGGCAUAUUGCUUCUUGCGGCCCUCGUCUGGGCUGGCAUCUUCUCCCAUCCUUUGAUCUUCUUUUCUGCUCAUCCGCUGCUCAACUCCUCCGCUAUACUUCUCCAAGUACAAGCCGCUCUCAUCCUACAGCCAACGGCAACGCCGCAGCAGAAGCUCCUGGGCACUCGAAUCCACUAUUCGCUGCAGGCAAUCAGCCUGGCUGCUUUCGUCACCGCAUUCACCAUCAUCGAGAUUAAUAAGGGCGAUCAUCCGCGGCUGACAUCGCCGCAUGCUGUCUUUGGACUUAUCACCUACAUCUGCAUCGUCCUUCAAGCACUGCUGGGAGUUGUUCAGUAUUUCUUCCCUGUCGCGAUCCUUGGAAGUGCCGAAGCGGGCAAGAAACUAUACAAGUACCACCGCCAUUUUGGCUACUCGGUGCUUGUCUUGGAACUAGCAACGGUGGCAGCGGCAACCAAGACGACAUAUAAUGUGGCUGUCCUGCACAUUCCGCUUUGGGGUGUUCUUGUCGCAGCGGUAUUGAUUAUCGCUGGAGUCGGUGCCAGAAUCAAGAAGCACAAACUGGGCUUCUAG